AUUGAAAAAUAUUCAUUUUUCAUGGUAUCAAAACCUCUUUCCUAACCUUAGCUCCGUCUCCGUGGCAUCUCCUCACCCCCCAUCUCUGCCAUUUCUUCCUCCUCGGCUCUCCCCUACUCUCGGCUCUCUCUCUCUGUCGGCUCUGCCCUCACCAGCCGAACCAGCCGACCCCCUCUCUCUCUAUGUUCCUUUUCGCCAUGUAUUCCGCUGACAAAACUACAGAAAAAUCUACCUCGUCCUCUCCCUUAAAUCCUCCUCAUCUGGCGUUCAGUGCUAUAUCUAAUGCCGUGGGGAGUAAGGGAGAAUUGCUUUAUGCAGUUUUAGGGCUAGUGGUGAUAAACGACGAUCAGCUAUGGAUUCUGGCGAACAUCUUGCACUUCCCCAUCCGCCUCCACCUAAAAAACCUAGGGUUGAAAUGGAAGUUGAUGAAUUUGGAGAGGACUGCGGACAAGUUUAAAGAAGAGUUUACCAAAAGCGAGUCUCCACCUAAGAAAUCUAGGGUUGAAAUCAAAGCUGAUGAAAUUGAAGAAACGAACAACAAGUUUAAAGAAGAGUUUACGAAAAGCGAGGGGUUUGAUAUCCAGACUUUUCCGGGUAACUAUAAAUGUCAUGUUGGCGUGCUAAAGGUCGAGUUUGAUCUCAAAUACCUUUACACGUUAUUAUAUUACAUAUUUGGAUGCAUUUUCUCCCUCAACUAUGCGAUUUCCAAAGAGAAUGAAAAACAGAACAAGAGUAUCACACUUGAGAAGGUUAUCAAGUCAAAUUAUAGAUCAAGUGAUGUUUUCCUCACAACCUUCCUGGCUAAAUAUCAAAAUACCGGAGAAUCCAAAAUUUAUCAGGCUGAAGUCUGGUUUUGUUCGGACGACGGUGAAAUUGAAGUUAGCAUAUUGAGAGAGAGAGAGAGAGAGCAGGGUGAAACAACUGCAGCAUGGACCAUAUUACUUGAGGAUUAGAUAUACAUGACUAUUCGUGAUCUAGCUUAGAAUAGAUUGACUUGUGGGGU